AUGAUUGAAGCAGAUCCUACACAAAGCUUCGUGCCUCCGCCUGAUAGUGAGGAAAGCACAUGGUCUGAGUCAAAGAAAGUGGUUUCCUUUCACAUCACUCUCAGUUCCAAUCUUGUGUUUCUCUUCUUCACUUCACAAACCACUCCAGCCAAGGGUUUCCGAUCAAAGAAUCAAGAACCCUCCAAAUAUUCCGAGAAUGUCAACCCUAACAAUAAUACCACUCCAUUUUCCAAACCCUUAUCCAAUCCUUGUGGUUCUUCUUCUUCUCCUUCUUCUUCACCUGUUGUGAAGAAAUCGUGUUCCAAGUCACAGAAGAAGCCACAAUCCUCGGCAGCAAAGGAGGGUGUUGUGAAUUCCGUGAAUUCCGUUCAGAAGAACAAGAUCAGGCAGAGGAAGUUCGUUGUUGCAAAGAAGAAUAAGAACAAGAAGUUCGAAGGGAGUGGUGGUGAUGGUGAUCAGGGUUCAAACUCAACGCUGUCGUUUUGUAAGUGCAAAGAGAGCAACAAGAACAACAAGUGUCUCUGUGUGGCUUACCAGAAUCUCAGGAAGUCACAGGAAGAGUUCUUCAAGAACAAGCAAGCACAAGAACAAGAGCAAGAUCAAGAAGAUGGAGCUGCUGAGAUUGAGAGAGUGAUCAUUGAAGAAGAACAACGACAACAACAAGAAGCCAUAGGAGAGGAUUGUGUCUUCAUCUUGGGAGCUAACGGAGCCUCACCGUCCCACUCGCACAACGCUGCCCCAGCCCCCGCCGUGGAUUGCUCCUCCCUGGUUCUAACCAUGGCGGAUUGCUUGUCCUUCGUCACCAAUGGCAGCACCACCACCAAGCCGGAAGGUAACUGCUGCUCCGGGCUCAAAUCGGUUCUGAAAACGGCGCCUCAGUGUCUGUGUGAAGCCUUCAAGAGCAGCGCUCAGUUCGGCGUCGUUCUCAAUGUCACCAAGGCCCUCGCUCUCCCCGCUGCAUGCAAAGUCUCCGCCCCUUCCGCUUCCAACUGUGGAUUGUCUGAAACACUUGCCGCCGCUCCUGGUAUUGUAUCUAACAGGACUUCUAAUGGAGGUAGAAGAAGCAGAAGAAAUAGUUUGGAAUCAACUAGCACCUUUGGGGGAAGCAGGUGGAAGAAGAAGCAGCAGCUGAGAGUCACCAGCCAAAAACCAUUCAAGCUAAGAACUGAGGAAAGGGGGAAGGUGAAAGAGGAAGAAUUUGUGAAGAAGAUACAUGAAAUGAUGACAGAGGAAGAGAAGCAAAGGAUACCAAUAGCCCAAGGGCUUCCAUGGACAACAGAUGAACCUGAUUGUUUGGUAAAGCCUCCUGUCAAAGAAAUCACACAGCCGAUUGACCUGCAGCUUCACAGUGAUGUGCGGGCAAUGGAUCGUGCUGAGUUUGAUCAUCAGGUUGCAGAAAAAUUGAGUUUGAUAGAGCAGUACAAAUUGGAGAAGGAGAGGCAACAAAAGGUACUUCUCGCCGCAACCAUCGUCGUUGAACUCUUCCAUGCCGUCCGCCUUCGAUACCCCGCCAGUGCAUUGUUUCCGGUUUGCCGCAGCCACUGA